CGUUCCAUAAAUUACAUUAAUGAGAUAAGAUAAAUGUACAAAAUUGUGUAUAUAUAUUCGUUCCGAUUCAGAGUGUUAACAGAUGUCAUAGUGAACGAGGUUUUUCUCCUUCUAAUGAAAUUACAGAUUUCUCUAUUACAAUGAAGUGCUUAACAUUUGCUUUAAUUAUCAUGGUUGCUAUCAGCAGCAUAGCAGGUGCUCCUAGUUAUGAGAGUUCUAUGGAAGUUUGUACUCCUUGGCUUGGACUGUGUCAGGUCACCGAAGAGUGCUGUCGUGAUUUAAUAUGCUUGUCUUAUGCUGCUAAAUGCGUCCCCGGGAAAAUUAAAGAUGAUAACAGACCUAUCGGAGAAGGACCGUUCCCUCCAAUGGGCUAAUAAAACGAAGGAAAUUCGAUUUUGACAUUAAUACUGGAACAAAUAAAAAUAGUAUAACUAUAUUUUCAAGUAAAAAUUAUAUUUUAAUCAAACCUUUUGUUUGAAAAUUAGAUCGAAAAAAUAAUUGAUUUGCAAUUUAUUAUUUUAAAGUCUUAUUAUCUUAAUAUUUACUUGAAAAAUUUACUGAUGAUUGUUCAGCGACUAUGCAGUGACUUUAAUACACUUCAAAUAAUUAUAUGUUACCUUUAAGUCACAAAAUAAAUUUAAUUAUCUACAUUUAUGUA